CCCCGCAUCCUCCUGGCCCCGCCCCCACCUGGCCUCUUUCCUCCCCCCAGCCCGGGAGACUGUUUCCGGGCCCAGCUGCAGCCGGACCCUCGUCGUCCCCCCUCCCCCCGCGCCGAGCCGGCCGCUCGGCCAUGGGCAGCCCUGGCCCGCCCUCCUGCCCGCCGGCGGCGAGCGGGCCCCGCGUGCGGCUCGUCGUCACCGGGGAUGACUUCGGCUACUGCCCGCGGCGGGACCGGGGCAUGGUGGAGGCCUUCCUGGCCGGGGCGCUGACCGGGGUCUCCCUCCUGGUCAAUGGCGCGUCCGCCGACGCCGCGGCCCAGCUGGCCCGCAGGCACCGCAUCCCCGCCGGCCUUCACGCCAACCUGAGCGAGGGGCGACCCCUGAGCCCCAGUCUGGGCUCCGAAUCCUCCCUGGUCGGCCCCGGGGGCUUCUUCUUGGGCAAGAUGGGCUUCCGCAAGGCCUUGGCCGAGGGCCGGGUGGCGUUAGGGGAGGUGCGGGAGGAGCUCCGCGCCCAGCUCCGCCGCUUCCUGGACCUGUUGGGCCACCAGCCCACCCACGUGGACGGCCACCAGCACGUGCAUGUGCUCCCGGGUGUGCGCCAGGUGUUCGCCGAGGUGCUGCAGGAGCACGGGGUCCGGUACACCCGGGUGCCGGUGGAGUUCGGCCUGCGCCGCUGCGAGUGGCUGGAGCCCCGGCUGCGGGCCUUCGCCUUGGCGGUGGAGGAGGACGCCCGGGCCGCCAAGGAGGCGUUCGAAGAGCUGGGCCUCCGGUGGCCGGAUGCAUACAUUGGUUUGAGCACUAUGGGCAAAGACAUGUCUGUGGGCAGGAUCGAGGCUGCCAUCGACCAGGCCGUGCAGAGCGUCCUGGGACCCGGGGACAUCCAGCAGGGAGGCCGAGCCAUCACGCUGGAGCUCAUGACGCACCCUGGCUACCCCAGCGAGUCACCCACCAGCGGCUGCGGGGAAGGGCCCGACGCCUUCUCCCAGUCCUGGGAGCGGCUCCACGAGCUGCAGAUCCUGCUGGACCCCGCACUCCACAACUUCUACCGGCAGAGGAGCAUCAAACUGUGCGCCUUCGAGGACUUCUGAGGCUGGGGGAGGCGGGGCACAGGCCCCACCUAGGCGGGAAGGGCCUUCAGUUCCAUCUCCGUCACUCCUCCAGUGGGAAAUCCGGGACAGGCCCCUUCUGUUUCCUUGGCUGCAAAAGGGACUCAAAUGGGAGGACUUGGGAGUCCCCGUUUCCCUCUGACAUCCACUGCUCUGACAGGGUGCACUACCUCUGGAAUCUGGGGGCCUGAAUUCGAAUCUCUCCUUGUGACUGUGGGCAGAUGCUUUGCUCCAUGGGCCUAACCCAUGAAACAGGGGAUCAGACUAGAAAGCCCCUAAAGCUUCCUUCUAGCGCCAAACCAACAAUCUCCACCUAAACCAUGGGGCAGGAGGGAAAGCUCCAACCGGAAUUUAGAGGCCUGGGGCUGAGUCUUGGCUCAGACAGGGUGACUACUGUGUGACCCCGGACAAGUCAUUUCACCAAAUCUGCCUAAGCUUUAAAAAAAUGGGGAUAACAGCCCCUACCUCCCAGGGUUGUUAAGAGGAUCAAAUGUUACAAAUAAUAUUUGUAAAGUGCUUGGCAUACAGUAGGCACUUAAUAAGUGUUCCCCUUUUCCCUGUUUGCUAAGAAACAAACAGGAUCCAGAGUGGAACCCUGGGUAAGGAGCGCUUUAAAGGACAGAGGAUUUGGUAUUUGAUCCUGGAGUUGGAGUAACUCCCUGAGGGAGGAGUGGGGUGGGGUGAAAGGUCAUUUCGCACUUUAGCAAGAUCAUUUUGCCAGCUGAAUAGAGACUGGAUUGUGUUUUUUUAAUUAAAAACUUUUAAUGAACAAAAA